CUCGAAUUAUAACUCGAUAGCUCAACAAACCAAACUUUUCAAAAUGGCGACAUCCCAAAGCAAAGACCUCCCCUCUUCCUCAUACUUUUCUGCGUUCGCAGCAAAUUAUCUUCAACAAACCGGAAGAAGCACAUACCGUGUCCUUGACUUGGCCUUCGACAGCAUCCAAGCCACAAGGCCUAUAACCAAGGGCUCGGUGGUUCAUGAUAAUGCUGCCGGUCCGGGAAUAGCAGCCUUAGUUCUUGUUGACAGACUCGCGGCUGAUGAUGUCCCUCAUAUUCUGGUGACUGAUAAUGUACCUCCAAUGGUCCAAGCCGCCAAAGAUUCUUUUACUUCGUUUCCACAGAUUGAAGCGAAGGUUCUUGACUCUCAGAAUCUAGAGGGAAUUCCCGAUGAGCACUUCACACACAGUAUCCUCAACUUCAGUGUUUACACCCUGGCUGACCCCGUCAAAGGCGUCAAGGAGAUCUACCGUACGCUCCGGCCUGAUGGUCUAGCCGCCAUCUCAUGCUGGAAACGUUUUGGAGCCGGUAAACUCAUUCACGCUGCGCAAGCUCUCGUCCGACCAGACCUUCCACCAUUGAAAAUACCUCAUCCUGAAUUCUUUGAACCAGGUGUUCUGGAAAAGACGACGAUCGAAGCUGGGUUUGACUCAUCCAAGUUUGAACUUGUGGAGGAUAGUAUUAUCGUUAGCGGACCUGAACUGGAAGAUGGGCUGAAGAAAUUUAUGCUGGGAGAUCUCAUGCGUCCUGCUCGAGCGGGAUAUACUAAUGAGGAGGAGAAGAGAUGGCCAGAGGCUGUUGAUGAGGUACUCAAGAAGGAAGUUGAAAGUUAUGGAGGGGUCAAAUUUGAGAGCUGGGUUCUUCUAGCUCAGAAGUAGAGGGACCAGGUUUUGAGCUACCUAACUUUAUUUUUUGAGAAUUAUCUGAUCAUGAAGAGCUAUCAUAGCCACCAUUUCGCCAUCACGAAUAUGAUAGGUCGACUGAGGAUAUAUUUUGACCAUUCCUGAUCGAAUACCGUUUUCCCAAAGAGUGUUAGGCCGAUAUAAAUCAUUCUUCUCCUUCAGGAUGGCAAGAUGAGAUUUGAUGCCUUCUAUAUCAUCCUUCCUGACUAUCCACCCAAUAGUCAACGGAGACGAA